GAAAUUUUUCAGACUUUUGAUAUUUUUCCCAAAUUCCAACUAGAACAUUUUUAAGAGGAUAUUAUAUAGAUCAUAAUAUACACCAUAUAUACCUCAAAAUGGAUCCAAAAGUUACAAUCAACUAUCCCUGCUCUAAAUGUGAAGCUCCUAUUCAGCUUGAUGCUGGAUUUUCUCACAUGUCCGAGCAUAUCAAGGCUGAACUGGCAUUAAAUGUCUUCAAAGGAAGUGAGUUCCUCCUCCCCUUGGAGGAUGAGAUGGCUGCAGGGUUUGUGGAUAGAGUUGUGAUGCCACUGACGCUGUCCCUACAGUCACAUGAAUCUAAUGGUGACACUCUGCUACAGUUCUCAAAUAUUACAGGAUUGGAGUGCAGCAGUUACUCGUAUUCUGAUCAUGGUUAUACAGUGCUUGGCUGCCCUUCAAAUUCUAUGGAAAAAACGCCAGCUCUCAAAGUUGCCAACACCUUACUAGACAUCGCCAGCACCAACAGCUCCAUAGACCAUCCAUUGUGUGAGGAGUGCACCGACUCCCUCAUGUUACAAAUAGAAGAACAGUUACACUUCACUGCCAACAAAGCCAAGUCUUAUGUGAGGUUAUUGGAAGAACUGCAGCAAAUGCCCCAGCCUGACACCAACAGAUUAGAAGCUGAACUUAAACAACUCAAGGAUGAAGAGUUGGCCCUGGAGGAAGAAAUUGCCAAGCUCCUGCAAGAACAAAAAGAGGCUGAGAAAAUUUUAGAAGAAAAGCAAGACCAGGCCCAAGCGUUAGCGGAUGAAGAGGAGCGAUACCAAAUAGAAUACUGCAAGCAGCGCGUGCUUUGGUUUGAUGUGGAGGAGGAGAGGAUAAGUUUUUACAAUCAGAAGGUUCACACCCACCAGCAGCUCGAGAAACUCAAGCAGACCAACAUUUUCAACAUUGCCUUCCACAUUUGGAAGGACGACCACAUUUCUACCAUCAACAACUUCAGACUCGGCAGGCUUCCUACCAUGCAGGUGACUUGGACUGAAAUAAACGCGGCGCUGGGACAGAUGGCGCUGCUGCUCGUGUCUCUGGCUCGCAGAUUUGAGUUCAGUUUCUCUAAGUACAAAAUUGUCGCGUACGGCAACCACUCCUACAUCAAGGUGUUGGACCAGAGCAACACGGUGCUGCCACUCUACAGCCACUCUGGUAUCAAGUACAUCUUCGACCACUCGUUCGACACAGCCAUGACGGCGUUCCUGGAGUGCUUCAUGGAGCUGGUGCGGGCUCUGGAGCAGCGCACCAACACCACGCUCAGCCUGCCAUACCCCAUUGACAAGCACUGCCUCCAUGACCCCCAGGGCGGCGCUCGAUACUCAGUCAAGACGCAGUUCACGCCUGACGAGCAGUGGACGAAGGCCCUCAAGUUCCUCCUGACGAACCUGAAGUGGGCGCUGACGUGGGUGUCGUCGCCGCUGCUGACGGGGACGUGCCCUGGCUUCGGUCUGUCUUCAUCGUCGCGGUCGACGCCGCGCGCUAUCAACGCGCCCGAUCCUACACGUCGUAAUCAGCGUUGAAAUUAAUUACGUUCCUAGUAUUUGACCUUCGUUGAUUUUGCUUUUUUAAAUACCUUGGCAAACAUGCAUACAAUUUUUUAGUGUUAUUAUGAUGAAAUGAACACCGUACCCGUCAAUGUAAUAUUUUUCGACGUAUUCGCCACAUGGGACAUGACAGAGACUUGUUUCUAGUCAUUUUUAUAGGAAAUUAUUCAUGGCUGAGGUUUGAUAUUCCCCGUCCGACUGAAACAAACCUAAGCAAUUUGUGAUGUUUCUCUUAUAAAAUUGGAAAAUGCAUGUCUGGGAUUUAAUUUACAUUUUUGAUAAUUUUGGGGAUUUUUCUACCUAUUUCAUUCAUUCGAACAACACUUGGGGCAUUUGUCGCUUUGAAAAAUGAUUACCUACAAACACUACCAGUGAUAUUAUUUUUACAAUUAGUGUACGUAUGUAUAAAGUAUUUAAUGUUAGUGUUCAGUUGGAUCAGUGCUAAUACGUAGUACUUUUUCUUGUAGGUAGUGUUGAUGGUGAUAAUGCAGCAUGGUUCAGGCCGUGCGUUGAGAUGAUGGUGAUCGUGCAGCAUGGUUCAGGCCGUGCGUUGAGAUGAUGGUGAUGAUGCAGCAUGGUUCAGACCGUGCGUUGAGAUGAUGGUGAUGAUGCAGCAUGGUUCAGACCGUGCGUUGAGAUGAUGGUGAUGAUGCAGCAUGGUUCAGGCCGUGCGUUGAGAUGAUGGUGAUGAUGCAGCAUGGUUCAGACCGUGCGUUGAGAUGAUGGUGAUGAUGCAGCAUGGUUCAGACCGUGCGUUGAGAUGAUGGUGAUAGUGCAGCAUGGUUCAGACCAUGCGUAGUGAUGAUGGUGAUAGUGCGCUACUUUACACUAGUUACUGGGAAGAAGCUAAGUAGCUAUUCUCUCCUCACUUAAGUUAUCGUGGUAUAGCUGUACUAUGUUCACUUAUGUUGUUGCCUUAGUAUCAAAUGUUUAAAUAUCUUCAUUGCAGUUCUGCUACUCUUAUUUGACUUGUGAAUAAAUGAGAUUUUGCA